AUGACAGAUAUUUUACAGCAUUUAGCUAAGACCUACGAAAAAUCUCCAUCUAGAGAGAGGGCUUAGAAAAAUCAAGAUAAAUCCAAGCAAAAUAGUGAUAGAAAAUUUGGAGCUACAAGAAAAUCGGAAGAUUCUUCUUCUUCUUUCUUUUUCAGGUAAACGAAUCCCUAGGAAUUUGAGUUAUCUCCAACUUCACCUCCUUAAAAAAUGAUUAGAAAUAUGAAUGACAAUAAUAAAGUACUUUAGGUUCAUAGAUCGAUAGCUCAAAAUCUAUUUAGAGACUUCAAGAUAGCUUAAAGAAGAGAUAGCUUAAUACAUACUCAACAAGAAAGGUCAAUCAGUACUAAUAAAUAUAAUGAGAGAUAAGCUAAUGCAAAUGAAUUGAGAGAAAGUGUGUCAUCAUUCAAAAACAUCUUAAAGAACUCUCAAACAAAGAAAGAUAGCAAGCAAGAUGUUACUUAGAAUCAUGAGGCAGAUGAAGUUAAUUCCUCUAUUAUUGUAAUAGAUCCUGUAGAAAGUAAUAGAUCAAUAAAAAUAAGUGGCAAUUUAAUGAAGUCUUCAUCUUAGAAUAGAUUCAGUUGUUCAUCAGUACUAAAUCUAAGGAAGAAAGAAUCAAAAACUAAUUAAAACUCUCUAAAUAAUUCAAUGGUUAAAUAGUAAUCGUCAUAGUCAAAAUCUAGCGUGUAACAGUAUAGCAAGAGUAAUAAUGGCAAAGUUAAUGUGAAUUUUAAUUCUAAGCCAUCGGCUUUAAAUUCAAAGUAGGUCUAGAAUAGAGUAUAGCAUUAAGUUAAAGUUGUAAGAUAAAUAGAUAGUAGCUAAAUGGCUGCAAAUCGUUCAUUAUCUCAAAUUAGAUCUCGAGGUUCCCUCACUGAUGAGAAAAAUGGGCUCCAGAGUACUCAAAUCUUAAAUGAAAUGAGAAAUUCUCCCCUUUAUAAAUAUCAAAAGCGAAUAGCAACGAUGUAUAAUUCACCCUCAAGAAAUUAAUCAGAAUCUACAAAUAACUCCCUUAUCAGACUUAAUCAAACAAAUAUAAGUCUUAAUAACACUUAAAAAGAUAAAAGAGAUAAGCUUAGUAGUUCGUAACUUAAUUAAGAUCUUAAAAUUGUUGAAUAAUGCUUCAGCAAUGGAAACUAAGAUAGCUUGAAAAAGAGAUAACCAAUAUUAAAUAAAAAGGAUGUAUAAAAACAAGAAUAAAGGUUAAACAAAUUAUAGCUUAUAAGUAAGGCAGAGUAAAAGCCAAAAAAUUUUGAGACAAUCCAAGAGAAAAACGAGGAAGAAAAGAUGAUAUAAAUUGAUAAUGAGCAGUAUAAUACUGAAGGCAAGUAGAAUAAGAUUUCUGAGGAUACUCCAAAACAUUAAAAUUAAACAGCCAAUGUCAGCUGGAUAAAGACAUAACUGGAUAAGGAAAAAGAAAGGCUAUCUAAAAAUAUAAGCUAAAUCCAGUAGAUUAAACCAGUUAAGACAUCUAAAUGA